UUGCCUGAAGCGGGGCGCUCAGGUUAAGUGGGAGCGCACUCUUUUUCUAGAUUUGCCAGACGUCUUCAGACAAAAAGUGACACUCGGAUUUACUCUGCAUACCUCGAGGAUAUUAUUGUCAGAAAACCUGUCUGAGUUGAACGGACUAUUGGGACAAUGUAUGGGAUCAAUCAGCACUGUUUUUACUUAUCAUUUCACUUCUUCGUGGUGUGGUGCCAUGCACAGGGGGAGAAUCACCCUUCUCCUAAUUUUAACCAGUAUGUGAGGGAACAGGGGACGUUGACAGACCAGCUCAGCCGGCGGCAGGUCCGAGUCUACCAGCUCUACAGUCGGACCAGCGGGAAGCACGUCCAGAUCCAGGGCCGGAGAGUCACCGCUACAGCAGAGGAUGGCAACAAUUUUGCAAGGUUGUUUGUAGAGACAGACACCUUUGGUAGCAGGGUUCGCAUCAAAGGUGCUGAAAGUGGGCGAUAUCUAUGUAUGAAUCGCCGUGGGAAACUGGUUGGGAAGGUAAAUGGUAGAGGCAGAGACUGCAUCUUCACAGAGAUUGUCCUGGAGAACAACUACACAGCCUUCCAGAAUGCCAAGUAUGAGGGCUGGUACGUGGCCUUCACCAGGAAAGGCAGGCCCAUCAAGGCCUCCAAGACCAGGCAGAACCAGAGGGAGGUGCAUUUCAUCAAGAGACUCCAUAAGGGCCCACCGCCAUUCCCCAACACAGACCGACUCAAACACUUUGAGUUCAUCAGCUUCCCACCGACACGCCGGGCCAAGCGGAACAGGAAGCCUCAUAAAGUUGAAUGACUUGGAGACAAAAGUGAACUCAUUUUUUUUUUUUAAAAAAAGAAGAGAUGCAGCUUUAUUUUUUAUAUAUUUUCAUACAUAAAAAUGGACUGGGAAAAAAAAAAAAAAAAAAAUUGUUGUAAAGUAGACGACUGUAAAUAUGGUAAGAUACCAGAUGAAAUGUGUAUGUAUAUAUUUAAUAUUACUGUGUGCGUGUUUGUAAAA